AUGGAUUAUGAUGACAAUGACUUUCAAAACCAGAAUCUCCAUUUAGCCGGUGAAGGGACUACCAAAUUUCCUCCAGUAUUAAGGCCAUAUGCUCUCCCCAAGUUUGAUUAUGAUGAAAGCCUUCAAGGUCAUUUAAGGUUUGAUAGUUUGGUUGAUACUGAGGUUUUCCUUGGCAUUGAAAGUAACGAAGAUAAUCAGUGGAUUGACGCAUACUCCCGUGUAAGUAGUGGCAUCGAGUUCAAUUCAACUGAAGCUGAAACUUGCUCUAUAUCAAGGCAUAAUAAUGUUUGGUCUGAGGCGACUUCCUCGGAAUCUGUUGAAAUGCUAUUAAAAUCUGUUGGACAGGAGGAAUUUACCCCUAGAGAAGGUGUUAUACAGGAAUCAGAUGCUUGUGAUGAACUUGCAUGCUUAGUCAACCAAAUGGACCCCUAUCUGAAAGCUGAUGAGAAAAUUGAGUUUAAAGAUGAUGUUGCUGAUACACAGCCACCUAGUUGUAUUCAUGAAAAUUUGUCCGGAUCAAAGGAGGCUGUAGAAAUGGAGCACUCUCUGGCCGGAGUUUCCGAAGGCCGUGGAGGCGGACCAUCAAUAGAUGGAAGUUUAAAUAAUAUGGAACCACCUGAUAUGCACCGUCUUAUUGACUUACCUGAGUCAGGGGGGAUUCUCUUUACUGAUGGUAAAUCUGAUCAUACAAUCCAAAUGAAAGUUGAAACUCCAGCCGAUGCUUCUCUCCAUGAUAAAACUAACGAUAACUCAUCUGCGUCUGUGGCGACGACUAAUAUGAAUGACACAUCUACAGAGAAUAUCCCUUCUACUUGUGAAGUCUUGAAAAUUCAAAAUAUGCAAAAUCAAAUAGUUGCUAUCGGUGAUGACAACCAAAGUUCUUUAGAAACACAAACUAGUAAGCAGGAUUUGGAGUCUCAAAUGAAGAACGAAAAUUCUGAUGUUGACACUCAAACUUUAGAUGUCAGCGCGGUUGAGGGUGAAUCAAAUCAGUCUGAUAAUACACUUUGUUUAAUCCAUAGGGAAGACACUUUGGAUGUUGAGAGGGUAGUUGAAGGCUCUGCGACUGGGAUAAGUACUUCAGAGAAAUCCUUGAACACUGUACCUGAUGAUAUUUCUAACCCGCAGAAAACAGAAAGAGGAAGUGAAGAUGCAUGUUUUAGAGAUUUUUCCCCGAGAAAUGCUAAUAUAGACACAUUAUUGAUUAAAGAUCCUGUGGCGGGUGAUCAAUCUGUACCAAAUACUAGCAAUAUUCCAAAGAUUGCAAUAAAAGAUGAUUCCAGUUCUGAAGGGGAAGAUGCAUGUUUUAAAGAUUUAUUUCAAGGGAAUGCAAAUAAAGAUGCUUUAUCGAUUAAAGGUCCUCUUACGGAUGAUCAAUGUCCACUAAGUACAAGUGACACACCAAAGAUUGCCGUAGAAGAUGAUUCUAGUUCUGAGGGGCAUAGAGUUGAGGUCAGUAGUUCUGAUUGUGGAACUUGCCCUAAUUAUCAUCUGAAUAUGGUUACGAUUGAGAAGACACUUGGCAAGAGCAAUGUUUCCAAGGAAAAGGAGUUGUUAAACAAUGGUGACCAGAUGGAUACAGAUGAUUUGUUAAGUAAGGCAGAGGCAUCUAUGUUUGCUGUAGUGGAUAAAAAGACUUUUGUAGUUAGCGAAGGAAAUAGUGAUAACAGAGCAAGUGUUUUCAGUUUCAAUACAGUGGUUUCUACUAAGUCUUGUAUUUUGGGCGAGACAACCCCAGUGUGUGAAAACAACAAAUCUAACAAGCAGGGUGAUCAUAAAUUUUUUUGUCAAGCCAUUUCUGUCAGUGACCAAGGGAGUGAUAAGGCUCCUUUUGAUUCAAGCACAAUUCAUUGUGAUGUUGAUCAAUCUAAUCUGGCUGACGGGGGAGUUUGUUCAUCAUCUCUUGGUGCAUGUAGCAUGGAAACCUCCACAGUGUCAGUUGAUGUCACACCCAUCAGUAGUUCAGGUUCAAAAUAUUUGUUAGGAAGUAUUUAUUCAACAUCAUAUGUCCGCGAGCUUAAAAGGAUGAAGCAUGUUGACUCUGCUUCUGUUGAUGAAAAGGAAGACUUUGAAGCCCAAAUAGUUGAGGAAGCAGGCAUUUCUCUUCCUGUUGGGGUUUCUAAACUGGAAGUUGAUCCUUGUCAUGUUGCUAGAAACGAAAAUAAAAAAAAUUCCGACAAUACUGGACACAUAUUAUGGGAGACAGACAACAACUCUCUGCAUAAUCUGGAUACUAGUGCUACUGAAAGUAUUGGUGAACCUCAAGAAAUACAAAGUGGUAUGGUUGAUCACAAGUGCACAAAAGAGUCUAGUGUGGUUGCUGUUCUAUGUGAAUCGGUAGAGAAACAGGGCGAUGAGGUUACUGUUUCUUUCAUUAAGGGUGAUAGGGAGGCAAUACAAGAGCAUCAUGACAAGCCAUACUCAAAAUUAUCUGGUUCCAUAUCGCCUUCUAUUCCGGAUCCUCACAAUGAGUUGCAUGAGACUGGAGGUUGUCUCGCCAAUCCUUCUUAUUAUAAGUGUGGACCAUCUGCUACAUUUGGUAGCCCUCUUGAAACUGAAAAGGGUGUGAGUAUUAAGCCUACUGCUAAUCUGAACACACCAGUUUUUGAUUUCGUGAAUGAGGAUGCAAGAAACACAUCAUCUUUUGAUCAUGAUCACAAGGGAAAUGAUGUAUCUAAAGAUGGGAAAAGCUUAGCUCCUGAUGUAGAUCUAGUGGCACAUUCGUCCAAAAAAGACGUUACAGAUUCAACCCCAAUAGGAUCAAAAGCUGGUGAGAGGGGUCCUCUUAAAACUGAAAAAGGUGUGAAUAUUAAGCCUAUCGCUAAUCUGAACACACCAGUUUUUGAGUUCAUAAACAAGGAUGCAAGAAACACAUCACCUUCUGAUCACGAUCACAAGGGAAAUGAUGUAUCUAAAGAUGGGAGAAGCGUAGCUCCUGAUGUAGGUGUAGUGGCAAAUUCACCCAAAAAAGACGAUACAGAUUUGACCCCAAUAGGAGCAAAAGCUGGUGUGAGGGGUCCCUUUCCUGAUAUUGCAGCCAACAAAGAAUCAGUGGUUGUAGCAGAAUCUCCACCGGUUUCUGAAUUAGAUACUCCCAAACCGAAUGUUGCUAGAUUUGUAUCUCACGGAAGUCCACAAAUACCUGAUAGUGAUUUAGCACAAAGUGUUUCUAAAGGUACACCUGAGCGUAAAACCAGGCGAACACCUAUUAAGACUGCUGGAAAGGAAUCAUCUAGAAAAGGAAGCAAAGGAAAGACUUCAGCAAAACAGUCAGAAAAAGGGGAUAGAUCAACCAGUGUACCUCUGAGCCCAUCCAUCAGUACAAAGCCAUUUUCAGAUUUGAAUACCUCUGCUUCUCCGUCUGUUAUGUUUCAACAGCCUUUUAUGGAUAUUCAACAAGUACAGCUGCGUGCACAGAUCCUUGUCUAUGGAGCUUUGAUUCAAGGCAUAGUACCCGAGGAGGCCUAUAUGUUAUCGGCUUUUGGCGGUGCAGAUGGUGGGCGGAACUUUUGGGAGAAAGUCUGGUCUUCCUGCUUGGAAAGGCAGCGGAGUCACACGUCUCAUCCAAUUAACCCAGAAACACCACCGCAAUCACUAUCUGGUACUAGAACCCAUGAUUCAGCAGUUAAGAAAAGCGAACCGCAUGGAAAGGGUAUCUCUUCCCCUCUUGGCCUAGCCAGUAGCAAGGGCACUCCAACCAUUGUAAACCCUUUCAUUCCCCUGUCAUCUCCCCUUUGGAGUCUACCGUCUCCCUCACAGGCACUUGUUUCAUUGCAUCAUAAUCAAACUCCACCACUGAGAAACUUCCUUGGGCAUAAUACAUCUAGGAUAUCCCAAUCCCCCCUUCGUGGACCGUGGGUUGCUUCUUCUACUCCUACACUUGAUAACAGUUCCUAUCUCUCUGCAUCACCUGUCACAGAUACAAUUAAGUCCAGUUCAAUCAAAGGAACUUCUGUACCUUCUUCCUCUAGCAUUAAGAAUGUCCCACCUAAUUUGCAAGCUUCUAAUGUAGGUCUACAAAAUGUAUUUCUGCAAACUACUCCUCUGUUUAAUACAAGCAAUGCGACGGUAUCAUCUGCCCGGCAUUCUUGUGAUCCAAAGUCCAAAAAAAGGAAAAAGGUUACAACAGACUCUGAGGAUCUUGGCCACAAGGCUAUGCAUUUGCAGUCCCACCUAGUAUCAACUCCUGUUGUCAGCAACCAUAUAUCUCCUGCUAACGCCACUGCAACCCCUGUUGUGAAUGUGCCAGUAACUACCGUUGAAAAAUCAGUUGAGUCUGUAUCGCCUAUAUCUCUUGCUGACCGCCUUAAAAGUGGCUGGAAUGUUGAGAAGAGGAUUAUGUCAGAUGAGUCUCUUACAAAAAUUGAGGAGGCAAGGAUAAAUGCAGAGGAAGCUUCUGCUCUUUCUGCUGCUGCGGUGAAUCAUAGCAUGGAGAUAUGGAAACAGUUGGAUAAGCACAAAAAUUCUGGAUUGUCAUCAGAUAUUGAGGCCAAAUUAGCUUCUGCAGCAGUUGCAGUUGCAGCUGCUGCAGCUGUUGCAAAGGCAGCAGCUGCAGCUGCCAGUGUCGCAUCAAAUGCUGCACUGCAAGCAAAACUGAUGGCUGAUGAAGCAUUGAUGUUUUCUGGUCAUGAGAGUUCUUGCGGAACUUAUUUUUCGGAGGGUAUGAGUAACUUGGGAAAAGCAACCCCUGCUUCCAUCUUAAAGGGUGCAAGUGGAAUCAAUAGCUCUAGUUCUAUUAUUGGUGCUGCAAAGGAGGCUUCAAGAAGGAGAGUCGAAGCUGCUUCUUUUGCCAGAAAACGAGUCGAAAAUGUGGAUGCUAUUGUGAAGGCUGCUGAGCUGGCAGCAGAAGCUGUUUCACAGGCUGGAAGGAUUGUCACCAUGGGUGAUCCUUUGCUGUUAAGUGACUUGGUUGAAGCUGGUCCAGAGGGUUAUUGGAAGACAUUCCAAGAGUCUUCUCAGCAAGUUGGGUUAUUGAAAGGCAUGGGCAGAUGUCUGAUGAAUGUUGACAAUGUAGACAGACCAGAAACCUCUCAAAUAUCUAACAGAGAUACCUCAUCUAUGGAAAUGGGGAAGCAGAUUGCUGCAAUUAAGGAGUCACCCUUUCAAAAGGUGCAUAAUGAGACGUCAUUGGACCAUAUAAGAUCAGUUGAUGAAAAUAGUUCAAGUGGAUCAAGGGGCCGCAGAGUUUCUAAUUUAGUCAAUCCCAUUGACGUGCUUCCCGAAUCUGUGACUGAAAUACAGGCUUCUUUAACUGAUGGUAAUGGAUCCAAAAAUCUGGAGGAUAAUAACAUAAAAGAGGGCUCACAUGUAGAGGUUUUUAAAGAUGGAAAGGGAUUUAAAGCAGCAUGGUUCACAGCCAAUUUAUUAAGUUUGAAGGAUGGUAAAGCAUAUGUAUGCUACAACAGGCUUGUAGCAGAUGAAGGGCCUUUAAAGGAAUGGAUUUCACUUGAAGAUGAGGGAGAUAAACCGCCUAGAAUACGGGCUGCUCAUACUCUUAUCAGUUUACAUAAUGAAGGGACAAGGAAGAGACAAAGAGCAGCUAUGGUAGACUAUUGGUCCAUUGGGGAUAAAGUUGAUGCUUGGAUACAAGAGAGUUGGCAAGAAGGAAUUGUUACAGAAAGGAAUAAGAAAGAUAAAACAUAUACCGUUCAAUUCUCAGCAAGUGGAGAAACAUCAGUUGUUGAAGCUUGGUAUCUCCGUCCAUCCCUCAUUUGGAAUGAUGGGAAAUGGGUUGAGUCUCCUAAUGCGGGAGCAAAUGACAGUCCCACCAAGGAGGGGGAUGCACCGUGCGAAAAACGGACUAAAUUAUGUAGUCCUACACAAGAACUGGUAGGGCGAAAAGACAAGACCUCAAAAGGCACUUAUGCUUCAGAAUCAGCUAAUCCCAGUGAAUCGAGGUUACUUAAUUUGAAUGAAGAUCAUAAAGUGUUCAAUGUUGGUAGGAACAUCAAGAAUGAAAAGAACUCAGAUGCACACAGAUUGGCAAGGUCUGGUCUUCAAAAAGAAGGACCAAAAGUGAUCUUCGGAGUUCCUAAACAGGGGAGGAAAAAGAAAUUUAUGGAAGUAAGCAAACAUUAUGUUGCUGGGGGAUCAAGUAGGAUUAAUGAUGGAAAUGAUUCCGAUAAGAUUGCAGAUUCUUUGUUACCACAUGCUUCAGGAUCACGCGGAUGGAAAAAUAGUUCAAUAAAACACACCAAAGAAAAAUUAGGAGCUGACUGCAAGCCCACUUCUAAAUCUGGAAAGCCUCAGGUUUUGGGUAGAGUGAUCCCAUCAAAACAAAAACCUUUGUCAAACUCUCGUAACAAUGAUUUGACAAGUCGUACAGAAAGGACAAGGGAUUCUUCAAGUCAUGCUAGUAAUGCAUCUCAGCGUGAAAAUCAGAUGGAAAGGGCAUCCUAUUCUGAAACCCCAGGAGCAAGGCAAACCUCAAAUUCCUCACGUACAUCUUCAACCAAUUCUCACCCCACUAAAAAGCCACCCACAUCAAGAGUAAGUAAAGGAAAACAAACAGCUGCUGAUGGAAGGUGCGGUAAAGUUGAAGUGGAAAAGGCUGUGAAAGGAAAUCCGGUGAAAUCAACCUCUGAAGAAGUCCUUGAGCCUCGUAGAUCCAAUCGCAAAAUCCAGCCAACAUCAAGACUAUUGGAAGGAAUCCAGAGCUCUUUAAUUAUUACAAAGACUCCGGGUCCACACGAAAGAGGUUAUAAAAACCAUAACCGGAGUACUCCUAGGGGCAAUAACCAUGGUUAA